GCAGCAUCCCAGAACCUCUCAUGGCACAUGCGCCAUGGUUGGGUGUUUCUGGUGGCGACCGCUCAGUCAGGUCACCUGCUCUCGUGGCAUGUCAACUCCACGCGUUUUAUCGACGUGGCGGUGGCGAGGGCCGAGGACACCCGACGAGGUAAAGGCCGCCUCCACUUCCGCCAGCAGGUGCGGACGAGACGGGCCGCCAGCAGCGUGCUGGCCUUCCGGAGGCUGGUGCGCUCACAAGCCGCAAGUCUUCCACACCUCGAAGUGCAAGUGCCGGACCGAGGCUGCGUGCCCCGCUGGCACCGCUUCCGAGCCAAGCCGGCGCUACCCACCGCGGCGUAUCUGCUGCACGUGGCGAAGAGCGGCGGCACGGCGCUGCGGGAGCUGCUGCUGCAAGGUCCCGGGCAAGAUGCAGGCGUCCAUGCAGUGCGGUUCCAGGCCAAAGUGCCCAGCGAAUCCUUCCGGGCCGCGGAGAACGCCACCGAGUUUGCGGCCGGCCGGCUGCGCUGGGCCUAUGAGAAGCGGAACGCCCUGGAAAGCGGCAUGGGCAUGGUGCCCGGCGGCGAAAAUGCCUGGGAGCUCCAGGUGCCGCGGCUUCUGCGGCUCUUGCACGAGCGUCAACGCGACCAGGAAAGUGUGCCGUGCCUUUGCACGCUGCACUUUGACUUCUCUCUGGUUCAUCCCUUGGUGCAGACCAUGCCGAGCAGAGUGCUAGGCGUGGCCAUGUUCCGGGACCCCGUGGGCCGUUUCUUGUCCCACUUCUACUUUGCCCGGCGUUUGGACUGGACCCAUGCGUUGCACCUGCGGCGCCUGCGGCCGGUGCAGUACCUGCACCAUCCCACAGCGCUGCUGGACACUCUCAUGGUUUGGCAGGAUGGCAUGGCGGGCACUGCCUGGCUUGCCGGCCACUCCGUGCACGUGGGCGCGGGCUCCACCAGGCGCGAGGCCGACGACGCGCGGCUUUGGGCACUCUUCCGGAACCGCACCGCAGCGCUGCAGCGGGCGGUCCAGAACUUCCAUCGCCUCACGUUCGCGGGCUUGCUGGAGGACCUGGAGGGCUCCAUGCGCUUGCUCAAAGUGGCACUGCGCUGGCCGAGGAUUCCUCAGAUGCGCCAGCUGAACGUGGGCUCGGCCCAGCGUCAGAGCCCCGAGGAGCUGCAGCAGAUCCAAAACGCGCAUCCGAGGGAAAUGAACGAGCUCGCCAUGAGGCUGCGAGUUCUGGCCCCCAUGGACACCUGGCUCUACACGUACAUCUCUGGGACCUUCCACCACCGGCUGCGCGCCCUUGAGGCAGACGGCCCCUCGUGUCCAGCCGCGGAGAGUUCCAAACCUUCGGUGCGGCUGCCGUCGGAGCACGAGCUUGGGGGCUGCGUCGGCUCCAGGGAUUUUCUCAGCUGCGGUGCGGAGCUAUUUGAACGAUAAAUAUGAUUACAAUGUUGAAUGAGAC